GGCGGAAGCGGAAGCGCAAGCGCGCGCGGGCGGCGAUGCGGCGGCCGAAGCUGAGGUGGCACCGGCGGGGCGGGCGGGCGAUAGCCGCUGUGUCCCCCCGGUACUCCGGCGCCCAGCUCCGGGCCGCCCCCGGGCUGCGCGUAGCAGAGCCGCAGGUGGGAGAGCUGCGGGGCCGCUGACGCGUGCGCCCCGGCGGGAGUUGCCGCGCUCUAUCGGCCGCCUGCCGCUGCCCUCCCUGCGCCGGCCAUGCCCCGCGGCCACCGGAUUUCCGAUCACCGGAGCGGUUCCGCGAGCCCUCCCCGCGCUUAGGGGCCUUACUGCAGCCGCUCGCACCGGAGCGGACCGGCCCGCCCACGGCUGGAUCCCGGCCGGUGCCGCCGCCAUGCGCUUGGCUGCGCUGGUGGCCGCGCUGCGGCCCGCGCUGCCACUGCUGCUGGGGCUGUCCCUGGGUUGUAGUCUGAGCCUUCUCCGCGCCUCUUGGAGCCAGGGCAGCGGGGACGAGCAGUGCCUGGGGGCGUCGGGCCGGGCCGCGGCCCUUCCCGGUGGAGCACGGCCCGAGGCGGCGGAGGGGAUGCCGGGCCCGGGCCAGGAAGACUUCAGGCCUCGGAUCGUUCCAUACUACCGGGACCCCAACAAGCCUUACAAAAAAGUGCUCAGAACUCGCUACAUCCAGACAGAGCUGGGAUUCCAUGAACGCCUGUUCGUGGCUGUGCUGACCUCUAAGGCCACCCUCAACAGCUUGGCUGUGGCAGUGAACAAGACUGUGGCCCACCACUUCCCCCGCCUGCUGUACUUCACGGGGCUGCGCAGUGCCAAGGUGCCUCAUGGCAUGGUGCUGGUGGCCCACGGUGACGAGCGGCCCAUCUGGCUCAUGUACGAGACUGUGCACUACAUCCACCAGCACUUUGGGUCUGACUAUGACUGGUUCUACAUCAUGCAGGAUGACACCUAUGCCCAGGCUGAGCAGGUCAAGGCUCUGGUGACCCAUCUCAGUAUUAAUCAAGAUGUUUACCUAGGACGAGCCGAGGAGUUUAUUGGGGGGGACGAGCAGGCCCGUUACUGUCAUGGGGGGUUUGGGUACCUGUUGUCCCGCAGCCUCUUGCUGAAGCUCCAUCCACACCUGGACAGCUGUCGCAAUGAAAUCCUCAGCGUGCGGCCAGAUGAGUGGCUGGGACGUUGCAUCAUUGACUUUCUGGGCAUCACUUGCGUGUCUCAGAUCCAGGGCCAGCACUAUCGCACCUACGAAUUGGCCAAAAAUACUGAGCCAGAGAAGGAGGAAGAGGAGGAGUUCCAAACAGCUCUUGCUGUGCAUCCUGUGUCUGACACGACCCUGAUGUACCGGCUGCACAAGCACUUCAGCAGGAUCCAGCUGGACAAAGCCUACCAGGAGAUCCAGGACCUCCAGAUGCAGAUCAGGAACCUGACGUCCCUGACCCCCACAGGUGAGGCAGGCUUGACUUGGCCUGUGGGCAUCAAUGCCCCUUUCCUUCCAAAGUCACGUUUUGAGGUCAUUAGCUGGGACUACUUCACUGAGCAGCACCUUUUCUCCUGUCCUGAUGGCUCCCCGAAGUGUGAACUCUCUGGGGCCAGCAAGGCUGAUGUUAAUGAGAUCAUUGAGUCAGCAGUGGAGCAGCUGAACCGCCGGUACCAACCCCUCCUCCGCUUCAGCAAGCAGCAACUGCUCAAUGGCUACCGGCGCUUCGACCCCACCCGGGGCAUGGAGUACACCCUGGACCUGCUGCUGGAGGCCGUCACCCAGAAAGGCCACAAUCACGUUCUGGCCAAGCGGGUGAGCUUGGUGCGUCCCCUGAGUAAAGUGGAAAUUAUUCCCAUGCCGUAUGUGACAGAGGCCACUCGGGUGCAACUGGUACUGCCCCUGACAGUUCAGGACCUGGAUUUUGUGGCCAACUUCCUGGAUAUGUUUGCUAUGAACACACUGGACACACGUGAUAAUGCUUUGCUGACUCUGCUUUUCAUCUACCAUCCCUAUGAUGCCCAGCGAGUCAGUCAGGUGGAUGUUUUUGCUGGAGUCAAAGCUAUGGUAGGAGAGCUGGAGAAGCGCUAUGCAGAAGUUAAAAUCCCCUGGAUUAGUGUGAAAACUGAGGUGCCGUCACAGGUGAAACUCAUGGAUAUAGUCUCAAAGAAGCACCCUGUGGACACACUGUUCUUCUUGGCCAGUGUCUGGACAGAAAUCAACAUGGAGUUCCUGAACCGCUGCCGCAUGAACACCAUCAGCAAUUGGCAGGUCUUCUUCCCAGUCCAUUUCCAGGAGUUCAACCCUGCCUUGGUGUACCGGGGGGAGCAGACUGCAUCCUCUGGCACUGAUUUCCUGCGGGAUGGACAUUUUGACAGACAUUCCUUUGCUGAGGCCUGCUUCUACAACUCUGACUACAUGACAGCACGAACCAAGUUGGCAGCUGAUAUCCUGGACCGAGAUGAGGUCCUUGAGAGCAUGGAGGUGUUUGAUGUCUUCCUGCACUACUCUGGCCUGCACCUCUUCAGGGCUGUGGAGCCUGGGUUGGUGCAGAAGUAUGCCCUGAGGAGCUGCAACCCCCGGCUCAGCGAGGAGCUGUACCACCGCUGUGUACUCAGUAACUUGGAAGGGCUGGCGUCCCGCUCCCAUCUAGCCAUGGCCCUCUUCGAGCAGGAGCAGGCCAACAGCACUUGAGAGACUGGAAACACCAAGAGCUUCUCAGCACCUUAACACUCGGCACUUUGCAUCCCCUUCCCAGCCUUGCCAUGGGCGAAGGGCAUGUGAGGUCAAGGGAGAAGGAAGACUUCCCCAGCCCUGCUCUGAGGCACAGGCCUGGAUUAUGGAGAGAGGCUGGAUUUUGGUUUUGUUUAUUUGUUUUUUGGGUUUUUUUUUCUGGAGUUGUUUUUUUGUGUGUUUUAAAAUAAAUAAAAGUUUUUUUCCAG